AUGACUCGGUACGGGGGCCUGGGCCGGACGCGCCCUAAGAAGCUUACGUCCAAGGCCUCCAUCCCCAUCGUUCGUGAGGAGGAAAUCGAUGCCCUAGACGAGGACCAUCAAAACCACCAACAGAUCGAAACCGGUGUCGAAAAGGCUGAGGAAUCAGAAUUUCACUUGCAAGUCGCGAUCAACCUCACUGCGCAGGGUAAAGUCAACGACGCGCAUAUUCCUACCCCCGAAUCCAUCCUCAGUAACCUACAAUAUGACGAACUGUACCCGCCGCUCUUUUCGCAACCCGCGACCUACAUUCGCUCCUCAGCUACGGUCGAGGAUUGCUGCGGAUGUCCGUACAACAUGACGGAGGAAGACGAUGUCUUCCUCAAGAUUUUCAAUCAGAACCGCGCCCAGUCAUCAUCCCCCUUGACUGAGAAUGCUUUCGAGGCCACCAUGAACUUCUUUGAGGAGACGGUGCAGGCCAAGCAGCCCUUUGCAGCAGUUGAUAGCCCGCCAGUCUUGACCUUCGAGGAGAUGGAGGAGGCCAUGGAUUCUGCUGUAGAGGUAGCCGUGAGAUAUUUUGCCAAGCACAUCUAUCCGCACUGGAAGUCCCGUCGCACCGCGGACGGUAACAAUUCCCUUGAACCCAGCCUCAAGUUUGAAACCGGCCAAGACACCGAUGAUAGUGAUCCAUACGUCUGUUUCCGCCGACGUGAAGUGCGACAGAUUCGUAAGACUCGUGGCCGCGAUGCCCAAAGUGCUGAGAAGCUGCGCCGACUGCGCAAAGAGCUUGAAGAUGCUCGGAGGAUGGUCGCAUUUGUGUACCAGCGUGAGACAGCCCGAAAGGAGAUGUUGUCGGUAGAGCGAAAUCUCUUCUUGCAGCGAGCCGAGGUCAAGGAAAUGAAGCGCAAGCUGAACAUCAAGGACGACGACGAGGACUUUAUCAACCAAAAGGCAAGAGUCUUUCUGCUUAUCCCGGGGAUCACAUAUACUGACAUCGCAUCACAGCCCAAGAAGAAGACCGAGAUUCCACCCGGCCAACGUCCCAAUGUACCUCAACUUCGUUUGCCCCCCAAGGCAGGCAUGCAAGGUGCAGAGGACCUUCAACUGCUCGAAGAUGUUCAAGCCGAGAAGGAGAACGAAAUCUUGCGCGAUAUCAAGGCAAACAUCACCAAGCAUAUCAAGUGGAACGAGGGUUAUGUAGAUCAUACCCGCGCGCCGCUUUCUCCCCCUCCCGAAAGGACAUUCGAUGCUGCUGCAUUCCGCCCUGCCUUCACCGCACAACUACCCACACCACCCUCAUCAGAUUCAUCAGGCGAUAUGGACACAAUAGACGUGACCAGCCCCCUCUUCUCUCGAGAUAAACUUGCCUCCCGGGCCAUGGAGAUACACGGGGAGCCGCAUCGGAUGCCAUCAUUCCGUAGACGUGUUGGACGAGGUGGUCGGUUAAUGAUCGACCGUCGGAACUUCGCAGCGCGCUGUAAGCUCGAGAUGGAUCCCGUCAAAGCUGAUCGUUUCAAGUUCGACCAAGAAGAUUCCGACGAGGAAGAUGUCCAUGAGACAGACGGGUAUAGCAUCCAAAUCAUGCAGCACCGCGCCAUCACCAUGGUCAAGGCCCGCGAACAGGCCGCCGUGGCUGCCCAAGCUCAUGCGCAGGCGCAAGCUCAGGCAGCUCAGGCUCAGGCCCAGCAACGGCGAUUGCAAGGCGAUCAACCUGGGAACCCGGGAGCACCUCCUCCGCCCAGCGUUGUGGCUGCUUCGUCAGAGGCCUAA